AUGUGCUUGUGCGGAGGCCUCGCGGAGGACAACGCCAGGUUCAUCCUCCUCGCCGUCGUCCUGGUGGCGUACAUGCUCGCAGGCGCGGUCCUCUUCCAAAGGCUGGAGAGUGAUUUUGAAACACGGCAGGCCGCGGAAUUUUGGCGGGUUUAUCACGCGUUCCGAAGGCACCACCUGCGAGGUAGCCCCUCGGCCUUGCAGAGGCUGCACGAACUCCUGUACGCCUACGGCAACGCUUCCACCACCGGCAUCAUCAACAAGAGACGCCGCUGGGAUUUUCCCGGUAGCUUUCACUUCGUGGGCACCAUCGUUUCUACGAUCGGAUACGGAAGUACCGCGCCGCAAACAACGGCGGGCAAAGCGGCCGUAGUUGUCUACGGUUUCUUCGGUUGUUCCGGUGGCAUUUUGUUCUUCAAUCUGUUCCUGGAGAGGAUCAUCACGUUCCUGGCUUGGAUUCUGCGCAGCUGGCACGUGCGUCGCCUGAAGAGGCGCCUUCGCCGGGCCACGUUGACCUCCCGGCGCGUCUCCAAGUCACCGAGCGCUAAUAAGCCAUCCUUGCCGGACAUCCUCGACGACGACGACAACAACGUAGACUUGGACCAAUGGAAACCGAGCGUGUACUGGGUCAUGCUCUACUUGUCCGUCACUUCCUGCAUCAUCGCCUGUUGCGCCGCUGCACUUUACGCACCGCUGGAGGGCUGGGAUUACUUCGACGCGCUGUACUUCGCUUUCGUUAGCUUCACCACCAUCGGCUUCGGCGAUUACGUCAGCACGCAAAAGCCGAGCUAUCCCCACGUGCAUUGGUACAGGUUCGCGAAUUUCGUCUUCCUGGUGACGGGCUGCUGCUGCAUAUACUCGUUGCUGAAUGUCACGUCGAUCGUGAUAAAGCAGGGCCUGAAUUACGUGAUACACAAGCUGCAGUACGGUAAUCGGGAUGUAGCGGCGCCGUAUCUGCCGCGAAGACGAUCCUCGGUGUCGGCGAUAUAUUAUUCGAAGAGGCGGGCGACCAGACUAGUCGGCAGGGACUCUAUCCGGGCGGAGGAGAACACGCCUCGCAGGAUGUCCGGCGAGCUGAUCUCCAUGAAGGACUUCUUGUCGGCGAACAAGGUCUCGCUAGCGGUGAUGCAGAAGCAGCUGUACGAUGCCGCACAGAUGCAGAGGGGCAGCGGGUCGCUCGCGGCCACGCCGAAUCAUCAGGUGCUGAAGCCGCCGGUCGGCCCGCUUGCGAUCGCCAGCGAGAAGUUCGAAAGUAAAAGCACUAUAAACAGAUAG